AUGAAGAUGAUGAAGGCCGUGAAGAAGCUCAAGUUCUGGUCAAGAAAGAAGAAGAAGAAGGCAUUGUUCAUUGAUAACCCACCACCACCACCACCACCGCCACCACCAUGCCAUUGUCAGUACCAAUAUUACUGUCCGCCGUAUGAGCCCUCUGCCCCACCAUUACCAACAUCAUCAUCUUCUUCAUCAUGGGUUGAGUACGAUCACGAGGCUCAAGACACCGUCCGUGCAAACUCUGAGUUUAUCUCAUUUACCUCGUCAAACCCAGCUCAAGCUCAAGAUCCCACAUUUGGUCCACGAGACUUCAGUUCGGUUCCGCAGGAUCCUACAAUGCCAGCUGCUGCCAGCAUUACUUCCUAUCAGCAGUACAUGGUGCCACAUCCUGCUUACGGUGUUCCACUUGUACCUCAAGUUCGAAGAGAAAGGAGGGGUGGAGCUUUUGGAUGCAUGUUUGCCUUUGGGGCUCAUUUGUUUCGUUGCUUCUUUCCAUGCUUCCACAUUCGGGAAGCCAACAAGUGA